AAAGCGAUAAUAUAUUCGUGAUACACUCAAAUAGCUUCAGUGCAACGAUGGAAGAUGUAGCACACCUGGCCGUACCUCUUUACUGAACCUCCCCGACAAUCCUCAAGAUUAAACCACUGUGGUGUUAAAGCGAUCCAUAUGCCUUCAUUUUCUACAUAUGGUAUACACAAGUUGCAUCACGCUAGCAAAGGAAGACCGGGUGACUUCUCUAAUGACUUAACUACCACAAGACAUAGGCAAGGAAACAGAUCCAGUACUGAGCCAUGGGCCGAGAGGAGAGCUACAGCCUUGAAGAGCGUUCUAAGGGAGAGACGCCUACUACUAAGUCUAACCAGCAGAAUGAGAAGGAUGGUCUGGAGAGGUCAGACAUGACAAGGUCACAAAAGAUCGUGCUGUUCCUUGUCCUGGCCAUCGUCCUAUGUAUUGCUUUCACUAGCGGUCUUCUUGUCCACUUUCUCGCGCCGCCUAAUCUUCACUCCGAUCACCAAAACGGAAGUACCCAGACAGCCGAGGAGGUCACUACUGCACACUCAGACAUAGGAUGCAGCGACCAAUGUUGGUUUACGUUGGUGGAGUCCAUUCCUGAGAGUCUCCACUACCAAGACGAUGAACAGCCACACCCAAGCACGGGUCCUACCAUUUUGGAUCUGAUCCAGAGCGCAGAGCAGACGAUAUCCGUGGCGUCUUUUUACUGGACUUUGCAGAAGAAUGACACCACACCAAUGGACCCCAGCUCCAGACAGGGACAAGCUGUGUUUGACGCCCUGUAUGACAUUGGUAGUCAAGGUCAAGUGAAAAUUCAAAUUGUACAGAAUCAGCCAUCUGCAGAGUAUCCAGACGUCGACACAGAGAGACUUGCCGCAGCAGGUGCGGACGUGCGGAGCAUCAACUUCACCCGGCUGGUUGGAGGCGGUAUCCUCCAUACCAAGAUGUGGCUGGUGGAUGAACAACACUUCUAUGUCGGCAGCGCCAACAUGGACUGGAGAUCCUACACCCAGGUGAAAGAGUUGGGAGUGUUAGUGCAAAACUGCAGUUGUCUAGCAGACGACAUGGAAAAGAUCUUCCAGAUCUACUGGAAACUGGCCUCACAGGAAGCCAGCGUCCCAGCCUCCUGGUCACGUGACUUCUCACCAGCAUUCAAGAAGGGCAAUCCACAUGUUGUCGACACGGGAGCGGUGUAUCUCUCGAGCUCGCCACCAUCAUUUUGCCCUGAAGGUCGAACAACUGACCUUGACGCCAUCCUGGACGUCAUAAGCAAGGCCAGGGACUUCAUCUACAUCGCCGUCAUGGAUUAUAUGCCCUUUAUACAACUCGACGCACACAACAGGUACUGGCCGGUCUUGAAUGACGCACUGAAGACUGCCGCCUACGACCACAACGUCACCGUCUACCUCCUCGCCAGUCGCUGGCAACAUUCCAACCCCGACAUGUUCCUGUACCUGCGCUCCCUAGAGACGUUCGGCCAGUCGGUGCAAACACGGGUAGACUUGGAAGUGAGAUUAUUCGAGUUCCCAGCCAACCCUGAUCAGAACCAGGUUCCAUAUACACGGGUGAACCACAACAAGUAUAUGGUCACAGAUCAGCACGCAUAUAUAGGAACCUCCAACUGGUCAGGGGAGUACUUUGUAUAUACAGCGGGGAUAGGUUUCAUAAUGGAACAGCCACAGACUGACAACGACACCAUGUCCUUACGCCAUCAGCUGGAGAAUGUAUUCCUCCGCGACUGGAACUCGAACUACUCCCAUCCUCUCUCCUACUCAACUAACUAGUCCAGCCAAACACAGCCAUGCGAUAUGUGUGUCAGGACAAGACAUUUCAUUCAGUGCUGCAGUCACAGAGUUUAGAAAGAUGUCAAGAGGCUGCAGUAAGAGUUAUCAAGGUCAAGGUUGAUACCAAAAUGGCGUCUGGAUUCCUACAUCGCUCCGUGAAACUUCCUGGAUAUUGAAGAUGUAACAAUAACUGCAUCAUCAACAACAACAACAACAACAACAACAACAGUGGAAUGCAAAUAAUGUAAACUUUAAUACUUUAUCCCUCGGUAUUCCUGGUGUAUUCCGUGUAGUAUACUCACCACCAAAAGAAUCGCGAAUACCAUACAUGCUGGUUAAUAUAUGAAGAAUUACUCUUAUUCAAGAUAUCUUAGAUUGGUUCGUGUGAACCGACGCUCAUGAACGCAUCACAUUUCACGUCAUUGAUCCAUGACUAAAGAUGCAGUAUUUGUCUUGUGCAGGAUUAGCGUGUGAAAGCUUGGACAUCACGUGCAGCACAUCAUGAUAAGAAUACAGACACUCUGUGGUAACACUUGACUGAUUGUUAGUGUUGUCAUUAAGUGGUACACAUUCAAAACAUAUCUACUUAACGUACACAAGGCUCCAUAUGUUUCUAGAGUUCGCGUUUCUUUUGGCGGUGUAUACAAUGUGAGGAACGUUAUGGAACACCGGUCAGCUUUAUUACUAUGAUGCAAUAAUGAUCCCAACUGGCAGUAACGUGUCCUGUAAAUGUUCUGGUCUUGUAAAUGUUCUUGUCUUGUAAA